UAAACGACAAGCAUCAUUGAUUAGACCUGAACGUCAACGUAUUGAUGCCCAUCAUCCACAAUACUAUUCUAGUUUACGAGCUCUUCCGCAACAACAACAAAUCAUCACAAAGUCAUAUCGAGAUGGAACAUAUAAUCAACGCUCUGUAUUACGAAAUGGUAUCGUUGCACGAGAUACUGAUUCUGAUAUGUAUAUAAUGGAAGUGUCCAAACCAAUGGAAUUACCAGAGUCUCAUUCUUUAAAUAUAUGGAAAAUAUAUUGCUAUAUAUUAACAUGUUGUCUUCCACCCUGUAUAUUAAGUUAUUGUUUUGGCAAGAAGGAUCAUGCUGCUCAAUAUGCAUUUCGAGAAAAAAUCGGACUCGUGUCAGUGAUUUUAUAUAUUAUGGCAUUUGUUGGUUUUCUUACUUUUGGAUUCACACAAGCUGUUUGUCCAAGACCAUCACUGAGUUUCCGAAUGGACCAAUUGAAUGAUGGUUACGUGGUGAUUCAUGGUCAAGCUUAUUUACUUGCUUCAUGGAAUGAUCAUCCUCCUAUUCCUUAUCUUUCCAGUGAAAAUUUGAACCCAGUAUACCCUCCCAUUAAUGCUGGUGGUAAGGAUGCUUCUUUUUUAUUUCAAAACAUGAAUAGUUCAUCCUGCGCCAACGUCAUCGUACCAAAAAUGGCAAAUGCUAAACUCGGUUCACAAAGUCUACCUACUUUUUUUCCAUGUCGUAUGUUCAAUACUCAUCCCCAGGGAAAUGCCAUGGAUGUACCUGAUCCUGCUACUUAUAGUAAUCAUACUGGCUGCCAUUUAACCUCCAAAGCCAAAUCAGACUUUGAAUCAAUGCGAACCCUAGGUGUACCUACUUCUCAAGGCACUUUGGAUAAAGCUGGUAGAGUCUAUUACGGUUGGAGGGAAGUCAAUUCAACCAAUCAUCUUGCCGUUUUUAACAGCAAUGUUCUCAAUCUCAAUUUAUUAUCGUCACUUUCUCUUACUUUAUUCAAUGUACCACCAGGCGGAUUGAUUGCAUCUGCACUUGCGAAUCCAGCUCUUUUUGGUGGUAAAGAUAUUAGUCAUAUGGUAGCAUCUCACCAUCGUCUUCCUUCAACACCACUUGGUCUUGCUCCUGGUCCCACCAAUCUUACCAGCAGUUGGAAAGAAGAAGCUUAUUGUUUACUCGAUCUUAUCAAAGUGGGUGAAAUAGAUACAAAAAGUGUCGGUUGUAUUGCUUCGGAUAUCGUACUUUAUACUUCUCUUGUUGUUAUUUUGGGUGUUAUCCUUGUCAAAUUUGGUUUGGCUGUCAUCUUUGGUUGGUGUCUGUCUUGGCAACUGGGUAAUUUCAAGGAAGGCCGAUCUUAUCGUGAACGAAUGCAACGUGAACAAGAAAUCGAAAACUGGACAACCAAUAUUAACAGACCUGCGACCACCAUUCGCCCUCAACUUGCUGUAUCGAAAUCCUUCUUAUCAACUCCAAAACUUCCUCGAACAAGUCGAUUCACUCCUCCUGAAACAGGUUCUAUGCACUUUAAUGCUGUUUCUCUUGAACGACCAGGAAGUGCUUUAUGGAAACAAUCACCUAGUACGCGUGCCUUGGGACAAUUUGGUUCAAUUAGUCCUUUAAGUGAAUCUUACUUGCGACCCAUCACGACUCCUACACCACUCACUCCUUCCACUUCUCGAACACCAACUACUGGAUCAGAAAAUGGACGUAGCAAUUCAUCAAGACGACAUAGUGAAUUGACAACAGUGUCACGUCAAUCUUCAUUAUCUUCUCAUUCUAACCUCACCCAUUCAUCCUCAUCCACAACAGCGUGUCCUUAUGCAAUAUCACGACAUGCUGUACCUCAACCCAAGUCUGAUUAUAUGCCAUUUGGUUUUGUACUAACUCAUACUAUAUGUCUGGUGACAUGUUAUUCUGAAGGGGAAGAAGGCAUCCGCACAACAUUAGACUCGAUUGCUACAACAGACUAUCCCAAUAGCCAUAAAUUGAUUCUUGUGAUUGCAGAUGGACAAAUUACUGGACAUGGUAAUGCUCAAUCCACGCCUGAUAUUUGUGUUUCGAUGAUGCACGAAUUUCUUACACCUCCAGAUCAAGUACAAGCAUAUAGCUAUGUGGCUAUUGCCGAUGGAACGAAACGACAUAAUAUGGCCAAGGUAUAUGCUGGAUUUUACAAGUUCGACGAUACAACGGUGGAUCCAAGUUUACAACAAAAAGUACCAAUGAUUACUAUUGCCAAAUGUGGUGCUCCAGAGGAACAUGGUGAACGCAAACCAGGCAACAGAGGGAAACGUGAUUCACAAGUCAUUCUCAUGUCAUUUCUGCAAAAGGUGAUGUUUGAUGAACGGAUGACCAUGCUGGAAUAUGAACUCUUUACAAACACCUGGCGUAUUACUGGUGUGAGUCCUGAUAAGUACGAAAUUGUGUUGAUGGUGGAUGCUGAUACCAAAGUUUACCCGGAUGCCUUGUCUCGUUUGAUAAGUUGUAUGGUCAAUGAUGAUCAAGUGGCUGGAUUAUGUGGAGAAACAAAAAUUGGAAAUAAAACUGAUAGUUGGGUAUCUAUGAUACAAGUUUUUGAAUAUUAUAUCUCUCAUCAUCAAACCAAGGCAUUCGAAUCUAUAUUUGGAAAUGUGACCUGUUUACCUGGUUGUUUUUGUAUGUAUCGAAUCAAGAGUCCUAAAGGGAGCAAUGGACAUUGGGUACCGAUUCUUGCCAAUCCUGAUAUCAUUGAACAUUAUUCGGAAAAUGUGGUGGAUACUUUACAUAAAAAAAAUUUAUUAUUAUUGGGUGAAGAUCGUUAUUUGUCAACUUUGAUGCUCAAGACAUUCCCUCGACGCAAGAUGCUUUUUGUUCCACAAGCUGUAUGCAAGACGGUAGUACCGGAUACUUUCAUGGUAUUGUUAUCUCAAAGACGACGAUGGAUCAAUUCUACCAUUCACAAUCUUAUGGAACUCUUAUUUGUCAAUGAUCUCUGUGGUACAUUCUGUUUUUCAAUGCAAUUUGUGGUAUUUAUGGAACUAGUAGGGACAUUGGCCCUUCCAGCUGCCAUUUCAUUUACAAUGUAUCUUGUUGUAUUGGCCAUCAUGGGUCAACCUGCUGUGGUAUCUCUGAUCUUGCUUGCUCUUAUUCUUGGCUUACCUGCUGUUUUGAUCGUCAUGACAAGUCGAAAAUUAGUGUAUGUAGGUUGGAUGUUGAUUUAUCUCUUUAGUUUACCUAUCUGGAAUUUUGUGAUGCCUACUUAUGCUUAUUGGCAUUUUGAUGAUUUCACGUGGGGCGAAACAAGAAAGGUACAAGGUGAAAGUAAACAAGGACAACAUGGUGAAAAGGAAGGUAUCUUUGAUAGCUCUAAAAUCACAAUGAAGAAAUGGUGUGAACAUGAACGUGAUCGACGAUUACUUCAUCAACAACAAUAUCGUCCAUAUUCAAGGUCAUCUCUAUGAUAUCUUUUAUUAUUUAUUUAUUAUUUAAACUGAUUAGAUUUAUAGUAUUAGUAGUAUCUUUUUUUUUUUUUUAUGAUGGUAGAUAGGAUAAUAGGUG